AUGAGCGAGCGCGUGUGGGGAGGUGGUGAAAAUCACGGCGGCGAAGCUUGGAAGGGCGACGCAGGGAGGUGUGCACGGAUGCACCGGUGUGUGGGUUGUGGAAACACGGCGACGGCGUUGGGGCUCGGUGGCCUCAGCACGGCGCGUCGUCGUCGCAAGUCUGACGGGGGGAAGCGGACAAAGGCCGCUCGGGCCCUGCCAGACAGCGCUGCGUCCAUCUGCGUCUCUGUCUCUGUCGUCAGUGUCAUCAGGCCGGCAGAGGAUGCGGGUACGCGCGGGCUCCUGUCUCGCCCUGCGCCGAUUGCCUGCCUGCCCUGCCAGCCCUGUCUCAUUUCCUCACCUCGCGCUGCGGCCCGUGGGCGCGCCUACCUACACAAUCGCAAUGCCAAAUGCUAUUGUGUGCCUGUGCCGUGCCUGGCAGUGUCUAUUUUUGGGCCUCCUGGAUUGGCUGCCCAAGCCACAGCCCGCGCGCCGUCGCCUCGCCUCGCACCGAUCGCGCGCAAGGCCGUCGCGCGGUGCGCCAGCGCUGGCGCGUCGUCUGGAGGCGUCGUCGUCGGCGCUGUCGUCAUCGGGCUGGAGGAGGGGGGAGUGGGAGGCAGUGAUGGUGGUGAUGCCGAUGCUGAUGCCGAUGACGAUGCGGCUCUGCUUCCCGCGCCGCGCCGCGCCGCACCGCACCGCACCGCACCGUCGCCUCGCUUCGUCUCGAAACGUCUCGUCUCGUCUCGCCAGCGACGGUGGGCGGUGGCCGGCACCGGACUCGCCGCGACGCCACAGGCGCCGGACUACUCUAGAGUAGCCGGCGCGGCGUGGCGCGAAGGAUCGCUACCUUGUAGCAUGCCGAUGAGCCGAUAUCAAGACUUGGUAAGACGCGCUGGAGCGCUGUGGCGAUGGGGAGGAGGGCUUCUUGCGGCUGCGGCUGUGGCAAGCCGCGGUGAGGUGUUUCAAAAUCCAUCCCACUCUUGGGCGUAA